GCGGCGACGGCGGCGGCGGCGGCGGCGGCGGUAAGAUGGCUGCCCACGGGGGCUCCGCGGCGUCCUCGGCGCUGAGGGGGUUAAUUCAGCAGUUCACCGCCAUCACCGGUGCAAGUGAAAGUGUAGGAAAACAUAUGCUUGAAGCCUGCAACAAUAACCUGGAGAUGGCAGUCACAAUGUUUUUGGAUGGUGGAGGAAUUGCUGAAGAGCCCAGUACCAGUUCAGCAAGUGUCUCUACUGUCAGACCACACACAGAAGAAGAAGUCCGUGCCCCAAUUCCUCAAAAGCAGGAAAUAUUAGUGGAACCAGAACCUUUGUUUGGUGCUCCUAAAAGACGACGACCUGCACGAUCAAUAUUUGAUGGUUUCCGAGAUUUUCAAACUGAAACUAUUCGGCAAGAACAGGAAUUAAGAAAUGGAGGAGCAAUAGAUAAGAAACUAACUACUCUUGCAGAUCUAUUCCGGCCACCCAUUGACUUAAUGCAUAAAGGCAGCUUUGAAACAGCCAAAGAGUGUGGCCAGAUGCAGAAUAAGUGGCUGAUGAUAAAUAUCCAAAAUGUACAAGAUUUUGCAUGCCAGUGCCUCAACCGUGAUGUAUGGAGUAAUGAAGCUGUGAAGAAUAUUAUCCGGGAACAUUUCAUUUUCUGGCAGGUUUAUCAUGACAGUGAAGAAGGUCAGAGAUACAUACAGUUUUAUAAGCUAGGGGAUUUCCCCUAUGUUUCUAUCUUGGACCCACGGACAGGUCAGAAGCUUGUAGAAUGGCACCAGUUAGACGUAUCUUCUUUCUUGGACCAAGUGACAGGAUUUCUGGGUGAACAUGGGCAACUGGAUGGACUUUCUAGCAGCCCCCCUAAAAAAUGUGCCCGCUCAGAAAGCCUUAUAGAUGCAAGUGAAGACAGCCAGCUAGAAGCUGCCAUCAGAGCCUCUUUGCAGGAGACACAUUUCGAUUCCACACAGACAAAACAGGACAGCCGCUCAGAUGAAGAAUCUGAAUCCGAACUUUUCUCUGGCAGUGAGGAGUUCAUAUCUGUCUGUGGCUCUGAUGAGGAAGAAGAGGUAGAGAAUCUUGCCAAGUCCAGAAAAUCUCCUCACAAAGACUUGGGGCAUAGAAAAGAAGAGAACAGAAGGCCCCUGACUGAGCCCCCAGCUAGAACUGAGCCUGGGGCAGCCACAAACCACCAAGGAUUGCCAGCUGUGGAUCCUGAAAUCUUGGAGAUGUCACCUGAAAGAUCAGAUGGAGUAGUGGAGGGGGCAGAUGUAAAUGGACCAAAAGCACAGCUGAUGUUGCGAUAUCCAGAUGGGAAAAGGGAACAGAUCACUCUUCCAGAGCAAGCUAAACUGUUAGCUUUGGUGAAACACGUCCAGUCUAAAGGGUAUCCAAAUGAACGUUUUGAACUUCUUACCAACUUUCCUCGAAGGAAACUGUCUCACCUGGACUAUGACAUUACAUUACAAGAGGCAGGCCUUUGUCCUCAAGAGACUGUCUUUGUGCAGGAAAGAAAUUAACACCAUGGCCUGACCUCUCUCAGCUUACCCCUUUUUCCCUUUGUCCUGUGAGAUACCGUGUCACUAAGUAUGCAUUUUGGCUCAUAGGACCAGAGAGCCAAAGCUGGGCAAGCAAGUCACCUGCCUUCUCUUUUAUUUCUUGUUCUUUUCUAUAAUUAGUCUCUUCUCCCACUCCCCCAUCCCCUUCUUUUUCUUGUUCCUUUUUUCUUUUUCACUCUUCGCUUCUAACCUAAUCUGGUGACCAAACGGAAGUAUAAGGAUAAGACCUCUCCUAGUACUGGCAGCAGGAUAUGUGUGUUCCAAUAAGUGGUCUCCUGCACAGCAGUUUUUCCGGGAUCAAAUGAUAAUGUCACUCCUCAGACCCUCUUUGGCAAAGGAAUGGCUAGAUUCAGCAUAAGAACAACUCCCCUUUUUUCAUUUUUAGUAGACAAGAAAUUCUACAGCACAUACUUUAUUUGUUCUUCAUGUAGGAAAUAUCGCUUAACAAAUAUCCAGGUUUUUGUGUACAAGAUUUAAGAUUGCUCAUCAUAUUUAAUUUUUUUCAAAGGAUUCCUAUCUUCCGGCUACAAGAAUUAUUUCCAUGAUAUGUGUUAUUGGCAGAAUGAGUGCUAAAUGUAGGGUGUGUAGCACGAGUGACUUUUAAUGUCCCAGCCUGAGAUGACCUUCUUCAUUAUAACUCUAUUAGCUGAAUCGAUCCUGCUAGUCCUAGGGUGGAACCUUAGUGAGCAUACUGUGGUGACUGUGGUAGGAAAAUGCUUGCUGUUUUUGCCAGUACAGCAGGGUAGUUCUUUUGGCCCCUCCGUUGUCUGAGUCCACAGUGAUCUGUGGGAAGGCGGUUCAGUAAUCAUGCAGUGCAGUGGCUUGUAAUUGUAACCACUCUGGUUAUCGAUUGUCCUAUGUGCUUAAGGCAUACUUGUGUCUGUCCCAGGGGAAGAAGAAAAAGCAUGCAGCUGAGAGUUGCUAACCAUGUUCCUUUGGUUAGAAGUAAUGGUUCAUUUUUUUGCCCUUCAUUGGAAUAGUCUCUGAAAGGUUCUGGUUGACUGAUUAUGUUUAAUUCCUCAUGCUAUUUCCUCUCAAAAGGUAUCAGAAACAGAAAGCCUCUCUAAGGGGAAGACCUUUAAACUCAGCUCAUACAAUAUUUAGUAAGGGGGUGGUGAGGAGUAUCAGUCAUCUUUCAGAUGUUGUGGGUGUUUUUCUGCCAACAAAAGCCACGUUCACAAUAUAAUUGAUGGAUACUUUCACAGUAUUCACAAGAGGCCAUCUUGAGUCCACACAGUACCAUCAUCAGUUUCGCUGUGUGCUCAGUUCGUAAUUUGAGCUUUAAAUAGAUUCUUCUGAAGGGAGAGCAGUGAUUCCGGUGACAAAAUCAGAACUUUAAUUUGUUAAAAACUAUAGGCUGGAAUUGGAAAUGUUUUGUCAGUUGGAGGUUGAGAUUGGUUCUUCUACCUGAGGAGCAUGACUUGCUGUUGCUUGGAGACCUUUAAACUCCCAUCCACUUUAAUUAAGAUCACUCUCUGGCAAGUAGGGAAUAAAAAAAAAAAACUGUUCAUUGUAGUAUACAAUUAUAGGAUGUGGUUCUAAUGGUUGCAUUUUGAGGAACCCUCUCUAAAGAAUGAGUUGUACAUCUCCUCAGAAAAUCAUGGAAAAUUCUGUUUUAUUCUUCAGUGAGUCCUUUUGAAUUAAUGUUCUUACAUUUUUUCUAAGUCUGUGUAAGUGCUUAUGUAUAAGUAUAUAAUUGUAUAAAUAUUUAUAAAUAUAUUUAUAUAAUUACAAUUUCAUUUAUAUGUUGAGUCAAAGUUCUCUCUUUAGAUUGAUGACUGAAUAAUACCCUUUUGAUUUUUUUUCAUAAGCUCCGAAGGCUUAUCUAGCAGCUUCUGAGUGGUUGAGGAAACAUGGUUGUCAUGUUACUUCCUCAGUGUGUGUCUGAAUUUAGAUCACAUCCUUGUUAUCUGAAGAAUAGAGCUAUGUAUGAUGAAAGGUGCACUGGAGGGUAAAAAACCUACUGGUAGUCGACAAGGUCAGCCAUCCAAGUCAGGGAGGCACAGGGUAAGAGUAAGGGUGUGGUCAGCGUUGUGCUUUUGAGGGCACCCAUCUCCACUGCAGCGAGUUGCAGCUAAAGCCCAAGCUGGUAAAAAAUGUGAAGUCAAGAAUUGUCCCUCUGGGACCGUUUGAUUCUCUCUAACCUACUAGCUUCUCUUUCUAAAACAUGCCCAGAGAACCUGAGACAACAUGCUGGUUGACACAAGGAUGCAGUUCUUUUCCACUCGUUCCCAGCAGUGGUGUAUCCAUUUAGGAGAAGCCUAAGUAGCUUUUGCAGCUUGGUUUAUUGUGAGAUGACCAAGCCUAUAUAAAAUGAUUUAAAGAAGGAACAGUGCCUGGCACAUUCAUCCAGCUUACAUACCACUGAGGUAUUUAGAAUACAAGAUGUAGAGGGUUUGCUUUUAUUUUGACGUAGGAGUGUAAUUAUCUUGGGUUGGUGAACCCCUCAGGCAGAGGCUGUUGGUUGUACUUGGGGAAGAGUAAUAAGGAACAUGGCCUUGCUCAAGACCUUCAUCCACUCAAGGAGCAAACUCCUUCCAGUUUGCUUUACUCCUGGUAGUUCCUUUGCUCUUGGGUGGAGAGGUGUUACUGAAUAGAUUGAAUGGGGUCAGUAAGACUGGGUAAAUUCAUUCCUUGUAGGUGUUGGAAACAGCUUGAAAAGGGUUUAAAAUGUAGGGGGGUGAUGAACAAGAUAGACUUGGAGAGUGACAGGAGGAAAUACAGGGAGGUGGAAGGAAAACUAAUGAACAAAAACAGGAAUACUUUUUAAAAAUUUGAUUUAGGGAGGAAUUGGAGAAAGAACCGUGCCAAAUGAAGAAUGGGGAAGUCGUUCUGAGUAACUCGUAUGUGCUAGGUCCUUUCUAUGUGCUUUCUCCUUUAAUCUUCCUAGGAUUCCUACAAGUAGUUUAUUUUCCCCAUAUUAUAGCUAAGGGGAAACAAUGUGAAGUUGAGAGGACUUGUUUCGAUGGCAUAGCUAGGAAGCGGCAGGUCACAGUUGGAAUCCAGAGUCCAUGCUCUCCACUCCCUUGCUGUGUUCCCCCACAGCAGGAGAAUGAGUUUGCCCAAAAGAUUCUCAUCCCAUUGUUUGGACUUGUAAAUUAUCUUUGCUUUUAUUUUUUAAAGCUAGGGGCAGUAGUUGAGAUAAACCUGUGGGAUUUGCAGUAUGCCUGUAAAUUCUUAUUUAUGCCAUUAUUUAGAGAAGCAGAUUAUUGCUUUUAAAAAUGAUGCACUGAUGAAAAUGUGAAAGGAAAAUAACUGUGUGACAUUAUUUGCUAAGAAUAAGGGAAACAAUAAAAAAAUUUACCUUUUUAAAGCAUUUUUCAGAAAAGAUAAAAUUAUCUUUUCUGUGUUCCAUCCAUAUCAUAUUAUUGAACUAUGUGUAUUUUAAAAAUCUUCCAUGAAAUUCUUUUUCCUUGACUCUGUAAGUCAACAACUAUUGAUUGACUUCAUAGUCAAAGUUGAAAAUUUUUGAAAUAUAAGAUCUGAUUCCUGCCUGUUUUUCAGCCAGUUAGGGAGACACAACGCUUGUGAUAAUUGGAGAACAUGUAAAUGUUCUUUCUGGGGUCGAACUGUAAUGACAAAAUAAAUUUUGGAAGGGAAAUUGUAGCUAGGGAAGUCUCAUGAAGAAAUGAGGCUGAAAAGUGGCAAACACUGUAGCUCAAACUUUAUGAUUUACCUGUAUUCUUUAACUUCACCUUUUAGAACUACUACAUUUAGGGCACAAAAUUCAUCAAUAGAGCAUAACCAGGACCCAAGUAGUAAAAGAUUUUUGGCCCCACCCCACAUUAAAGAUUGCUAGCUAGCGAUCUUUGGACACUCAGUAAAAAUGCCAGAAGGAGCCCAUAGGAACUGAAAAAAGAAGGAGAAGCUUGAUUUCUCUAUCCGGCACAUGCUGAGGGUAUAGCACAUUGUAUGUGCUAUGCAGAAAGGCCACUCUGCAGAUUUAAGUGUGGUUAGGGAGCAGUUCUGCUACUAAUUAAUUUUCAUCUUAGCAAGUCUUGUUCUUCUGAGUGUUGAAUUCUUUGUGUGAAAAGCAAGAGAAUUGGGUCAGAUUAAUAGUUCCUGGUCUUUUCAAGUAAAAGGGCUUGUAAUUUUAAAAUGUGAGGAUGGAUAUUUAAUAUAGCCAAUUGCGUGGAUAGAGAAUGUAAAUGUGCACAUGGAGGUGCAGAGUCCUUGCAGAAAUUAGGAACUCAGAUUAUAGAGCACUGAAUUAAGUUGUCUCUGAAGUCGUUUUCCACUCCAAGACUUGGUGCUUCUGGUUUUUCCCCUUAUUAUGUAUUAUUCCUAGAAUAAUUAAAAGAGAACUUACUGAUCAGUUUAUUUUUCUUUCUUCCUUUUCUUUUUUUCUGUGUCCAGAUAUCAUUUUUCCUUCCUUCCUUCCUUCCUUCCUUCCUUCCUUCCUUCUUUCCUUCUUUCCUUCUUUCCUUCUUUCCUUUCCUUCUUUCUCUUACUCUCUCUUUUUGUAACUUCUUCCCACCUGCUCAACUCUUUUAUUUUCUUUUUUUUUUUUUAAGAUUUAUUUUUUUAUUUAUUUGAAAGACAGAGAGAGAGAGGUAGAGACAGAGAGAGAGGUCUUCUGUCUGCUGGUUCACUCCCCAGAUGGCCGCAACAGCUGGAGCUGCACCGAUCCGAAGCCAGGAGCUUCUUCUGGGUCUCCCACGCAGAUGCAGCGGCCCAAGGACUUGGGCCAUCUUCCACUGCUUUCCCAGGCCAUAGCAGAGAGCUGGAUCAGAAGUGGAGCAGCCAGGUCUCGAACCGGUGCCCGUAUGGGAUGCCAGCACUUCAGGCCAGGGCAUUAACCUGCUGCGCCACAGCACUGGCCCCAUCUCUCUCUCUUUCUCUUUCUUUCCCUUCCUUCCUUCCUGCCUUCCUUUCUUUUUCUUUCUGUUUCUUUUCCUCUCUUUCUUUCUGUGUCCAGGUAUCGUUUGCCCAAGACCUUGAUCUAACCUCACUGGGAUGACUGAAAUCUCCAAAAGGGAGAGUUGUUAUAGUGACAGAUUUAGUAAUGAUCUUCUAAACAGUUCAUUAAUUUUUAAAACUGCCUAGUCUGUGUUGAGUAUGACUAAAAUGUAAUUAAUGAGAAUUAAAUAUGUCACAUACUGGAGUUAAAUUUUAUUUUACUUGUUUAAAGUACUUUACUGGCUGAGCAACUUAUGUAUACUUUAGAAUUCACUCUUGGAUGUGGUAGAAACAACUUUUCAACAUCCCAUUAGGCUGACUUUUAAAAAUAUUUCUUAUCCAUGGAGUGUACUUUGACUGUGUCAUUCCCCCACUUCCACUCUAUUUUUGACUUUCAUUUAACUGUGUAAUAGUAAAUCAUGGAUGCAGGUUGAUGAAUAAGAAUGUCUUGUAUGAAACUAAGAAGUAAUGAGGAUGGGAAAAACCAACCCUUCUGAUGAACAUGGCAAUUUUCCAGCUACAUGAGCCUUGAUGAGUAGGCUGAAGACAGCUGUGUACUGUGAAUAUUCAGCUUGCGUGGGCUGAGCAUUUCAGUCAUUGUGUUGAACUUAGUAUUGCACAGGGGGCAAUGAUAUUCUUGAAAAUGGAAAAUGACAGCGAAUACUACGCCAGGAUAUUGAUUUCUCCUGUUACAUAUAGAGUUGGCAUCUCAAUGAUAAUUAUUUGGUUUUUGACUCACCUAUAUGUCAGUCCUGUAAUAGAGAACUUAGAAUCAAGAAAAGUUUUGUUUUUCAGGAGAGAAUAUGAUGGUAUUGGUGGUUUUCCUAUGAAAUGAACUUCUGUGAUUAGAUCAGAUGAGAUCUUUAAUUGGAAAAUCUUUUAAUUCUACUUUCUCUUUGACUUCUCCAUUCUCUAUUCUUGAGUUUUAAUAUUCAUUCUCUGAACAUGAGUCAUGAUUUUUAAUGUAAUUGUUUAAGAAAUUCCAUUGCUAAGUCUUAAUAUAUAACCUUUCUCACUUCUUGUUAAAUCGGUAUAUAAGAGAGGAAUUUGAGGCAAACACAUCCUUUUUGUAGUUCAUUUUCUCUCUACUUAUGGAGGACUCUUACUCCAAGAUGGUUAUUCCAGUAAUUAUCUCUGUGACACCCCUCUCCCCUUUUGUGGCCUGCAGAUUGUGUUGCUUAGAAUCAUAGCCAUCCUCAAAAACAUGAUGAUUUUUGGUAUACACCUUUCUUUCCUUUGAUAUCAAAGUAAAGUUAGAUAACCCAAUAUGAACUAGUUUGAGUACACAAAAUUUAACAUUAAGAAAACAAAAUUUAGCAUUUAUAUAAUGAGGUAUUUUAAAAAGAUAAUCAGAUUUACUGGUAGGAUUAGAGAUGGAAAUGGUAGUAUUUUGCCUGAGAACAAUCACAUAAUUGUAAGUAUGGGAAGUUAACCUUGUUAUACUUGAUCUGGUGGCAACAAAUACUUCAAAUAUUUGUUGUCUGUUUAAUGGUAUCUGCUCUAUAGAGAUCAGAAUGCCCAAAGACUUUAUAUGCCUUAUGAGGUCACUUAGGUUUCCAAAUGAGAAAAAUUGUCGAGCUAAGCUGGGUUGAGCAUAAGUAAUAUUUUAUCUCCAUUUAAAAAAAGUUAAUCUAAUUGGGCUACCAGGAAUUACUAUUUAUUAGACAUGGAAAAGACAAUGGGCACCAUUUCAAAUCAUGUGAUAACUUCAGACCUGGAAUUGAAUUCUCCCUUCCUUAAAAUCUUUUCUGUUGGCUUUUCCAUCGUCUCAGUAUGAAAACCUUCACUGAUCAAGGCGAGGUUCUUGAUCUGGAACCGUUCCGUGCUGCUUGUUCCUCUCUCACAGUGUCUGGCUUUACAGCAUGUGUCACUGGGAUCCAUGUCACUGGAACGCUGAGACUCAGUUGCAUACCUUGCUGUUUUCAGGAAAAUGGUUUUAUAAUAGUAUGCUUUUCUCAAAGCAUCUUAUUCUUAAUAUGGAAAAUACCAGUAAAUUAAUGGAUUCAGAAUAUAAAUAGGUUUAUGACACUAAUCAUAUGCUCAUAAUAACUGUUUGAUAACUUAUUGCCCUGUAAGUUAAGCCUCCCAUUGCCACCAGAAAAAUCCUGUUUUACCUGCUAAUUAGAGUGAAAGCAGUAUGUGACCUCUACUUUUUAGCUAGUUAGUAACAAGCUUCUAGUAGGGGCUGUUUAUCUUACCUCUCUGGGGAUAUGGGCCUGGUUCCUUUCCUCAGUUUGUCCCACAUUUUGGAAAGGCUAUAUAAGACACUUGCUGGGAAGUAGAGACUAAAACUGUGAGAUAAUCCUCUAGUCUUGGAUAGAAAUGAGUCCCACUUGAUGCUAAAGUGAUGCUUAGACUUUGAGGGGCUUCCAUCCAAGCAUCGACAUGGUACUGUUGGACACAAUUGUCUUCACUCCUCUAAGAAUCUUUUUUUUUUCUCCCCCAGAACAGUUUUCCUUUUGAUUAUUAACGACUUCUAAGCAUCUGAUGUCUUCCCCCCACCCCCUUAAGGAAAUCCUCCUCUUUCGUGUGGUAUCGAUUGUGUCAUGGGAACUUUCAGGAGUGUUUGUGGGCUCUGUGCAUGCUUUGUAUGAGUUCCGUUUGAACAUUGUGUUUUGAAUCAUCUGGGAUGUACCAGCUCUGGCAUGUCUUCACUGAUUGUGUUUUUUAAACAUUUUUCAUGUCGUUUUCUAAACCUCACUUUCCAUCUUGUUCAGAGAGAUUAAUCAAGGAAUGAAAUUUGUUUGGGGCUAGGGCUGAGGGUGGGUCGGGGACUUGAGUGACGUCAACUUGGGGUAUAUGCUUUAAAGUUUUUCUCAAGCAGUUCCAAACAGUAUUUGGAGAUUCCCUGGGAGGUUUGUGUACUCACCUUGACAAAGUGGUAGUCUUUCUGAGAUUUGCAUUCUUACUGCAGGACAAGCUCUAAAUGUCAUCUGUAGUGGAACUUUGUUACUCAAUGCAAGAAGAUAGUGGACAGAGACAGCGCUCCUAUUGCAGUGUUUCUGGCAAGUCCUCCCUGAAAGGCACACAGAGUUCUCAGUUUCCUGGGCCUUGAGUCCCAUGGUGCUAGGAGAUAAUCACUUGUUUCUGCAGCUCUUCCCCACUGUGGGAAGAAGGGGUAACUGGACCAUCCACGAAAUUUUUUGAUCAAGACACACUAGAGACCCUCCUGUAUAUCCAGUAAAUGAUAAUAAAGGUGCUAGGGAAAGCCUUAACUCUGAAGAGAUGUGGAGGUGGUAGAAAACCUCUACUUGUAGGAGAAAGACAUGCCCUUAGGUAAAGCAGAGCUGGAACUGCUGGCUAAUACUCAAUGGAACUUCCACUUGCUCUAAAACCAGGGAAAUCUUAGAUAACUGGGUGUGAUAUAUCUAUAGCUACACAUAGUCUAUAGGUAAAUGCUUUUUAAAUGAGGAUCUUCCUCUCCAUUGGUGAUCCUCUGGUUUUGGCUGUACCAAAUUGUGAAUAUUCUUGCUGUGUUGUACCCAGUUGCUUUAUAUUAAUACUGCAACUUGAA